ACAUAUUCAAAUAUGUAUAUAAAUAUUGGUAAAUACAUGGUUUUCUACUUUCUGGUUGGAAACGUGUUCUUCUGGAGUGUGUUAUCAGGAUCCCUUCUUGAUUUAAUUGGAGAAUUUAUUACUCAACCCAAAGCCCUUCCAACUCAUCUUGCCGGAGCUGUCUCUGCCCAAGCAGAUUUCUUUGUGACAUACAUCUUGACAGAUGGUCUCUCUGGAUUUUCUUUGGAGGUUCUCCAGCCUGGCAUGCUAAUUUGGGAUAUUUUGAAGUCUCGUGUUUAUGGCUCUCAAAAAGAGACAAGUCCUUACCUUUAUUCAUUUCCUUACUUUAGAAUAAUCCCUUUAGUCUCUCUCUCUCUCAGUUAUAAUCGGCAUAGUGUACGCAGUAGUGGCACCAUUGUUGCUACCGUUUCUUAUAGUGUACUUCUGUUUGGGCUAAUGUCUCAAGAUUUUGGGUUAAAAUAA